UUGAUGCUCACGAGACGGCCGGGGGCGGGAACGGGAGGGGAUACAGUGUCGGUGUUGGCCAUUGUCCCAGCAGUCCUGGAACCUCUGUGUCAUGGCUAUCCGCGGUCCGCUCCUCACUUGUCUUACUGCUGUGUCGGUGUGUGUUCUGUGGCAGUGAUGGUGUCACGGCAGGUCGAGCUGAUGAAUGGCAACCUUGUCAGAUGGUCACUACAGGAUCGUCAAGCAGAGAUGAGCGGGGCUUCGAACUGAUGAGCAACCACAAGCAGACAGAACACGACCAGAUACUUGGCUGCGCAUUUCCGUUUCCUCCUGAUUUUCUAUGGUUGGCGUGCCAGCGCCUCACUAUGCGGUCGGUUGACGGCGAAGCAGCUGCAACCGACUGUGUCCUCGUGGUUGGACUGUCCAGGCCCAAGAUGGCGGCGGCGCUACUGUCCGUCAUGACCCUAUCACUGUUCCUAACGUUCCAUGUGCUGUACGACAGCGCGGUUUACAGUCUGCAGUCAGCCGUCGUGGCGGCGGGGUCUGGGAACGGCAAUAUGGAGAUCCUCACCAGUAGGAUGGACAUCGGCGGUGGUGCCGGAGGCGUCAUCUUCUCCAACCGCGUCCAUUUCCCGCGUACCAGUCGCAGGCUCCCACAGGCAAUCAUCAUCGGCGUGAGGAAGUGUGGGACGAGGGCGCUCCUCGAGAUGCUGGCCCUCCACCCCCGGGUACAGAAAGCGGCCGGAGAAGUUCACUUCUUCGACAGAGACGACAACUACAGGCGGGGACUGGAGUGGUACCGUCGCAAGAUGCCGCACUCGUUCAGAGGCCAGAUCACCAUUGAAAAAAGCCCCAGUUACUUCGUCACACCCGAGGUGCCCGAGAGGAUCCGCGCCAUGAACGCGAGCUUAAAGUUGCUUCUGAUAGUACGUGAGCCAGUUACCCGCGCCAUCUCAGACUACACGCAGCUGAGGAGUCACGCUGCCACGGCUUCGUCGUCCUCCAUGGUCAACUCGCCACAGCGGAGCUUCGAGCAGCUAGCAAUCCGACCCGACGGCUCUGUGAACUUGGCCUAUCGGCCGCUGGCCAUCUCACUGUACCACACCUUCCUUCUCCGGUGGCUGGAAGUGUUCCAAAGACCGCAGAUCCUGAUAGUGAACGGUGACCUCCUUAUCGAGGACCCCGUACCCCAACUUCAUCGCAUCGAGAAGUUUCUGGGGUUGGAACCACGGAUAGGCCGACACAAUUUCUACUUCAACCACACGAAAGGCUUCUUCUGCUUGAGAAACGAGACUGCUGACAAAUGUCUUCGGGAGAGCAAAGGUCGAAGGCACCCGAGGGUGGAUCCGACGGUAAUAACUAAGCUACGUCGUUUCUUUGGUGAGCAUAACCAGAGGUUUUAUGAUCUUGUGGGUGAAGACAUGGGCUGGCCAGAGGAAUAGCUGUUUCUCGCGUUUAAACAUGCCCCGUACGAGAAGACACAGUAAGAGAAUUGUUCACACGGGUUCAAAGUCGAAGACGAGUUGCUGGAUACAGUUAAUAUACCCCCAUUCGUAAUUAUUUAGAAGCCAGUGUGUGUUUACAUGAGUCGAGUGGCAAGGCACUCGUUCCAGUACCUCGUCCUAGCGCUUAACUAGUGCGAACAAGCCUCAACAGAGCGUCGGCCGGCCCUUGGAGUGAAUGUCUAAGUAGCCUCGCUCUAAAAUAUCGCUCACAAUAUUGGUCACUCGUUGCCAGGAGCAUGCAGGACAGUUACCUCCCAAAACAUACUGAUGCAACAUGACCAAGAAGCCUCUUCCGGUCAUUAAUCUGAAUUUCGUGAAAUUUGCAGGGGCUUCAGAUCGCGUUACAGUAGUCUGGUGAGCGUUGCUUUAUAUCAGUGGUAUUCAAACUUUUUUGUUCGCGUACCCCCAGAUAUAAUUUCUCUUCAAAGUUGUU